GUACUAUACAUUGAUUGCCAAGCAUUUUUAGUUGUGUACGUAAAGGUGUACUUAGAGUUGAAUGACAAAGAAUAUAAUUAUUCUGAGAGUACAUAAAAGUUACUCUAGAUUUUAGCGAUGUUAGCUGCUCUUUGGAUUCUUAUCGUGAUCAGUACAUCGUGCUACGGCCUAGAUAAUGGCCUUGCUAAAACUCCACCAAUGGGAUGGCUUUCGUGGGAAAGAUUUCGAUGUAACACGGAUUGUGUUAACGACCCUGAGAAUUGCAUAAGUGAAAAACUUUUCCAAACCAUGACUGAUCUAGUUGUCGCGGAUGGAUAUGCAUCUGCUGGUUACGAAUUUAUUAACAUAGAUGAUUGCUGGUUAGAAAAACACCGCAGUCACGAUGGAAAAUUAUUAGCUGAUCGCCAAAGGUUCCCAAAUGGAAUAAAAGCUUUAUCGGAUUAUAUUCAUUCAAGGGGACUAAAAUUUGGAAUCUAUGAGGAUUAUGGCAACUUUACGUGCGCUGGAUACCCAGGUAUCAUUGGGUAUGAGCAAGAAGAUGCGUUUCAGUUUGCGGAAUGGAACGUUGACUAUGUUAAAUUGGAUGGUUGCUACUCUUUGCCACUUGAAAUGGAUUUAGGCUAUUCCACAUUCGGAAAACUUCUGAAUAGUACUGGAAAACCGAUGGUAUAUUCGUGUAGCUGGCCUGUUUAUCAAAUAUAUGCCGGCAUUCAACCAAAUUUUUCUGCAGUAAAAACAUACUGCAACCUUUGGAGGAAUUAUGACGACAUUCAAGAUUCUUGGACGUCUGUCGAAAAUAUAAUUGACUAUUACGGAAAUAAUCAAGACUUAAUAGCACCAAACGCGGGACCUGGACAUUGGAAUGAUCCAGACAUGUUGAUUAUUGGAAACUUUGGACUAAGCUAUGAGCAAGCAAAAACGCAAUUCGCAAUCUGGUCUAUUUUGGCUGCUCCACUUUUAAUGUCUGUGGACUUGAGAACUAUUCGGCCACAGUUUAAGCGUAUUUUGCAAAAUCGAAAAAUAAUUGCAGUGGACCAGGAUCCACUAGGCAUACAAGGACGAAGAAUUUACAAACAUAAAGGAAUUGAAAUUUGGUCAAAGCCUAUCGGACCACUCUAUGAAAACUUCUACUCCUAUGCAAUCGCUUUUAUCAAUAGAAGAUCUGACGGUACGCCAUCUGAUAUAUCGGUUACCUUAAAAGAAUUAGGACUUAUAAAUUUCAAUGGCUAUCGAGUAGAGGACCUCUAUGAGAAUGUGGACUAUGGCGUCUUAUACCCUAAUACAAAAAUAAAAGUAAAAGUGAAUCCCUCUGGAGUUGUUAUGCUGAAAGGAGAAGUUCAGUUUCCCAAUUAGAUGUAGUCUUUAUUGUCAAAUAAAACAGUUAUAGCUGUAAAUAAUAAAAUACCUGCCACGAUUUCAUUGAUCCUGU